UGCCCGCGGUCUGUGGAGUGGUCGCCAUCUGACAUGGCAUACCAGUUGUCUAAAGAUGCUAGCUGUGCAUCGAGCAUUGAAAUAUUUCCUCCCAGACCUGAGAGGUCACCAUGUGUUGCUCAUAGCUUCCGGUCUCCCAACCGAGGUUGUUGAGACCCCCACACUCCAAUCCAGAGCUCCCUCUACGAGGAAACUGUACGCCCUAAGGUUGAAACCCUUCUCCUCAUGGUGCAGAGACCGCCAGCUUGACCCUGUUAACUGCCCAGUUGGUACAGUUCUGGAGUUUCUCCAAGCUAGGCUCUCUGCGGGGUUAACUCACUCCACCUUAAAGGUGUACGUGGUGGCCAUAGCUGCUUACCACGUCCCUUUCAAUGGUCAGUCAGUGGGUAGACACCCCCUAGUUACACGUUUCCUCCACGGUGCGCUGAGGCUGAGACCUCCAGUACGGUCCCGUGUUCCCCCCUGGGACUUGGUUGUGGUGUUAGAGGCUCUUUGUAAAGCUCCAUUUGAGCCGAUUCAUGAAUAUUACUGGCAGGCCCCCUCUGUGGCCCCUACCUACUUAGACUUUGCCCCUGGUAUGGCCAAAGCAUUUUUAUACCCUCGAGCGGGUUACAUUCCUAAAGUUCCCUCUGUUACGCCACAACCCAUAGUACUGCAGGCCUUCUGUCCUCCUCCCUUUCGGGAGCCAGACCAGGUGAAGCUAAAUUGUAUGUGUCCAGUUCGAGGACUGGACGCAUACGUCCACAGAGCUGAUGUGGAGAAAACCUGACCAAUUGCUUGUUUGCUACGGUCCUCCUAAAAGGGUUCCCCUGCCUCUAAGCAGACCCUUAGUCGUUGGAUAGUCGAAGCUGUCAAUGAGUCCUAUGAGUCCUCUGGUCUUCCCCCUCCUUUGGGGGCCAAGGCUCACUCUACUCGGGGUAUGGCGGCCUCCAAGGCCUUCUCAGCAGGUGUGUCCCUCUUGGACAUCUGCAACGCUGCGGGAUGGUCCACGCCUUCUACAUUUGUCAGAUUCUACGAUCUUGAUAUGCGAGCCACUCCGGGCUCUUCUGUUCUCUCGCCUCAGCUGUGCUCUUCGGAUACACACUAGGCAGGGAUUUGGUAGUCUGGCAGCGUGGUCAUGUCGUUCC